AAGCCUAAGGAGCGCUCGUUUGGAGUCAACUAGGAAAGUGUGUGUUCCGUUUUUCUCCUUCUCUGCACCAGACUGGAUACUGGCUCCUGUGCACUUAGUUUGCAGCAGAUUUCUCACCACUGCCUCCGCGCGUGCAUCGGAUUUUUGCUUGUUUUGGUCAUCCACAAGGAGCAGCUUUCUGGAUAUCUACUGCUUUUUUUUUUUUUGAAAGUGAAACAAGGAACUUAUUUGCCGGAGAUAAAGCCAGGACACCGCCGAUGUGCUCAGAGAUACCGAUUCAAUCAGAUACACUCGGACUUGAAAUCGUUUUCUCAAUGGACUUCUGAAACGCACCGAGAAAGAUGUUGAUCCAAGAGAGCGCAGCCGAUUCUCUCCAAGCACCAAGGCGGAGAAUUUGACUUCUUUCAUUUUUCUUUAAGAAGACUGACAGUCGCAGACUGUGGACUCGCUCUUCGGAUUUUAUAUAUUUUUUCUCCCUCCCUCUAUCGGACAUAUGAACCUGUUCGGUGCGCGCCCGGAGGAUUUCUCACGCGUAAAAUCCGAGUUCUGAGAAGGUUCAGCAUGUUCCUCCCGAUUCGUCAGCCCCAGUCUGUGUCUCCCUGCAGCGGAUCGAAGACAGGAAAGUCUAAUAAGCAAAGGGCACUUGUUAGAAUGAUCUAAUCGAGACGGCACCGAUUGUCAUUCGAACACUUUUUCUCCCCUGAACAGUCAGACGGCGCGGUUCUGUCGGAAUAUUGAUCUCUAUGAGCCCAACCAGCGUGCGUAAUUGUUAAAAAUCUGUGUCUACCAAGCGAUUAAAAACUCAACAGGUACUAUGUUUGCCAAGGAGAUGGAAUUGAUACACUUAUUGUGUGUUUUUGUCCUGACUUGGGUCGGGGCGGAGGCUGUUAUCAACCUAAAAUAUGGAAUUAACGAGGAGAUGAAGCCCGGCUCCGUGAUUGGAAACGUGACCAGGGACGCGCUGAAGCAAGGAUUCCAAAUCGCACCGCAGCCUCCCUAUCUGAGGGUCAUAUCGAAUUCGGAACCACGGUGGGUGGAACUGAGUCCAGCCGGAAUCCUUACAACUCAAAUGAAAAUCGACCGGGACGUAGUUUGUCGCCAGAACCCGAAGUGCAUUAUUUCUCUGGAAGUCAUGUCCAACUCGAUGGAGAUCUGCGUCAUCAAAGUUGAAAUCGAGGAUUUGAACGACAACGCGCCCCGGUUCCCGACGAGCCACAUCGAUAUUGAGAUCUCAGAGAACGCCUCCCCUGGUACCAGGUUUCCCCUAGAGGGGGCAAGCGAUCCGGACUCCGGGAUCUUCGGCGUGCAGUCCUAUUCCAUCACGCCAAACGAGCUUUUCGGGCUAGAAAUCAAAACAAGAGGGGACGGAUCCAAAAUAGCAGAGCUUGUUGUGCAAAAGUCACUGGACAGAGAGACGCAGUCGCACUACUCCUAUGAGAUCAGCGCGGAGGAUGGGGGAGAUCCUCCUAAGAUAGGAGCAGUCCAGCUGAAUAUCAAAGUUAUCGACUCCAACGACAACAACCCUGUGUUUGACGAGCCGGUCUACACGGUCAACGUGAUGGAGAACUCCCCCAUCAACACAUUAGUGAUCGACUUGAACGCGACGGACCCGGAUGAGGGCACGAAUGGCGAGGUGGUGUACUCAUUCAACAGCUAUGUCACUGAGAAAACCAGAGACGCGUUUAAGAUCGACCCCAGAACCGGCAUCAUCACCGUCAACGGCGUUCUGGAUUACGAAACCACCCAGAUAUACGAAAUCGACGUCCAAGCCAAAGAUCUGGGUCCAAACUCCAUCCCGGCUCACUGCAAAGUCACCGUGAACGUGAUGGACACCAAUGACAACCCGCCUGUCAUCAGCCUGCUCUCGCUCAACACAGAGAUGGUGGAAGUGAGUGAAAACGCUCAGCGUGGAUAUGUCAUUGCAUUAGUGCGGGUGUCUGAUAAGGACUCUGGGGCAAACGGCAAAGUGCAAUGCAGGCUCCAGGGUAACGUUCCCUUCAGACUGCAAGAAUAUGAGAGCUUCUCCACUAUACUUGUCGAUGGCCGACUGGACAGAGAGCAGAAGGACACUUAUAAUCUGACGAUUCAGGCUGAAGACAGCGGCAUCCCGCCUUUACGGGCCACUAAAUCUCUGGUGGUGAAAGUCACGGAUGAAAACGACAACCCUCCUCAUUUCCUGAAGCCACACUACCAAGAGAUGGUGAUGGAGAACAACCUCCCUGGCUCGUGUUUGCUUGCUGUGUCUGCUGAAGACCCAGAUUUGGGGAUGAAUGGCACCGUUACUUACUCCAUAGUUCCCGGUGAGAUCAAGCACAUGGAUGUAAACACGUACGUGAGCAUUAACCCAACAGGCCGCAUUUACUCAAUGAGAUCUUUCGACCACGAGUACACCCGAACUUUUGACUUUAAAGUCUUAGCCCAAGACAACGGGAACCCCUCUUUGUCAAGCAAUGCCACGGUGCGGAUUGUGGUGCUCGAUGUCAACGAUAACACUCCGAUUAUGACCAACCCGCCUCUGGUCAAUGGCACCGCUGAGGUGUCUAUCCCUAGAAACGCAGGUGUAGGCUACAUGGUGACCCAAGUGAAAGCUGAUGACUAUGACGAGGGCGAGAACGGUCGCCUGACGUACACCAUCUCAGAAGGAGACCGGGCUUUCUUUGAGAUCGACCAAGUUAAUGGGGAGGUGCGUUCCACGCGGAUGUUUGGAGAGAACGUCAAGUCCACCUAUGAGAUCACCGUGGUGGCCAGAGAUCACGGCAAACCCUCGCACUCCGCCUCGGCCUACAUCGUAGUGUAUCUCUCCCCGGAACUGAACACCCAGGAGUCCAUCGGACCGGUCAACCUCUCCCUCAUAUUCAUCAUCGCCCUGGGAUCCAUUGCUGCAAUUCUUUUCGUCACCAUGAUCUUUGUGGCGGUGAAGUGCAAGAGGGACAACAAGGAGAUUCGUACAUACAACUGCAGUUUCUUCUACUUGCGCAGGGUGGCCGAGUACUCAUAUGGCAACCAGAAGAAGUCCAGCAAGAAGAAGAAGCUGAACAAGAACGACAUCCGUCUGGUACCACGCGAUGUCGAAGAGACAGACAAGAUGAAUGUGGUGAGUUGCUCAUCUCUCACCUCCUCGCUCAACUACUUCGACUACCACCAGCAGAGCCUGCCGCUGGGCUGCAGGCGCUCUGAGAGCACCUUCCUCAACGUGGAGAACCAGAAUUCACGCAAUGCAGCUCCCAACCACGGCUACCAGCACCCGUUCACCGGGCAGGGCCACCAACAGCCAGACCUCAUCAUCAACGGCAUGCCACUGCCAGAGACGGAGAAUUAUUCUAUCGACACGGGUUACGUGAACAGCAGAGCACACCUCAUUAAAAGGCCCCCAUGUAGCACAUCGACAUUCAAAGACCUGGAGGGGAACAGUCUGAAGGACAGCGGCCACGAGGAGAGCGACCAAACCGACAGUGAACACGACGUCCAGAGAGGACACUAUGUUGACACGGCUGUCAAUGACGUACUCAACAUGACCGUGCCCCCUAAUGUUUGCCAGCUGCCAGACCAAGAUCCCAGUGAAGGCUUCCACUGCCAGGAUGAGUGCCGCAUACUGGGCCACUCUGAUCGCUGUUGGAUGCCGCGGGUCCCUGCGCGUGCUAAAUCACCGGAGCACGGCCGUAACGUCAUCGCCCUGUCGAUUGAAGCCACAACAGUCGAGGUGCCACAUUACGAAGACGGCACCACCAAGAGGACUUUUGCCACCUUCGGCAAGGACGGGCCGGAGGACAUAGAACGAGGAGAGUUUAAAGGAAAGCGGACUCAGGAGUCUCAGGUGUGUAGCCCGAAGGCCAACGGAGGGGCUGUUCGCGAAGCUGGCAACGGUCGCGAGGCGGCCAGCCCCAUCACCUCUCCCGUGCACCUGAAGAGUCCGCUGUCCAAGCCUUCAUCUGCCUACAACACCCUUAAAUGCCGCGAUGCCGAGCGGAUCGCCAACCACAGCCUACUGCGGCAACCGGAGGGAAAGGACAGUGAGCCGUCUGUCAGGGAGAUCAACACGCUUCUGCACGACAGCCGCGACAAAGAAUCUCCCAGCACCAAGCGCUUGAAAGACAUCGUGCUUUAGUGAGCUUCUCUAUGAGAAAACAUGCUUACACAAAUGCAGUGUAAACUCACGCAUAUACUCCUGCAAUAGUUGUGUGCAAGAACAGUGCUGCUGUGGAAUAGAAAGAGACACUAUCACACUUUUGCAGUGCAUUCAAGAAUCAGCUCGGACUGACGUUCUGGAACUUCAGUGUGCUGCAGCUAAGUGUGUGCUCAUGCCAAGGUAGUGGAUGUGGCUUUGUUGUAGUCGCAGUGCUUUUUUCUUGUUUGUUUUUUGUUUUUUUUUCCUUUUCAAUCAACCUGCUGUGGACGGACAGGUGGGUCACUGUUGACUGCGAGGACGUGGCCAGCGGAGCUGUCCAGCUCUUCGCGCCAAAGCAGGACAUGUUUGGACACCCGCGGUGCCAAUUCAAAAGUACAGUUAUGCCUUUGAAACGACUUUUGUACCACAAAUUGCUAUUUGCCUUCUUUGGUUUUGCAGAUUGUUGAAGCUGCCGAAAUCGCUUUGUUCCUUUGUAUAGUGAGCUCUGUCAUGGUAAUAAAUAGUCAUCCGAUAUCUGUUCAUCUUAAAAGCUAUUCUUAGUUUACUCUUUGACAUGUUUCUGUGCAAUCGGGAGGAGCAGAGAGGGACCUCAGAGAGUCCCUCCUGACCUGCUCAUUGGCUAUUAAGGGAAAUUAUUCUGCGUUUUCCCAAGGGAAUUAAGUUCUCCCCAGACUGUGAGGUCCAUGCAGUAUUUAUAUUUCAUUGCAGACGGGAGAAAAAUGAACUCUUGUUAUCCACCUAGUCGCUUUGAAAACCGGCAGCAGGACAAAUUCUUGUGUUGAAAUUGAGUUGUAUGGAAAAAAAAAAGACUUUUGCAGUUGUCCUGUGCCCUAUCUUGAUUGUAGCCACUGGAGCACAAAUUAGGACUUUAAUGCUCUGGUCUUGUACUUUUUUGACUUUUGAUCAUGGGGCUAGGAUAGAAGGGAUCGUCACUCUUGUCUUGCUAUGUGAAACUCUGUAUAGGGUUUAUCAUUUUUAAUAACCUGUUGUUAUGUGACAAUCCCUUUAAUGUUUAGUUUCGACAGAAAAAAACAGACAUUGAUGUUCAACUGAAGCUUCAGCAGAGUUUGUUACACAAACACAAAAAUACAAAAAAAAAAACAUAUGCCAAAAUAUAUUUUAUAAAUAAUUUAAAAAAUGUAUAAUGAGAAUAUUUAAUGCUGUGUGGUUAUUUUAUGAGUAAGUUAUACUUGAAAUUAACUUGCUUCUGUUCAUUUGUCUAUUGCUUUUCUAUUGAACCUGAUUUGAUUUUUUUUUUUUUUUUAAUCUUUUUGAAAUGAACUUAUUUUUGUUUACUGUGUGACCCCUGGCAACUGUUGACUUGCAGUCUACCUUGUUGUAAAGAGUUUCUUAUUGGUCAGUUCUUGUGCCAUCAAGUUUCUGUGUGGACUACUAGAAAAUGUAAAAUACAUUUUAAAAAAAAAUCCCUAAAAAAAGAAAACAAAAAGAGAAAAAAAAAAUACACAACACAAAAAAAGCGAUUUCAGCACCAACAUCAGUGUGUCAGUGAGAUAGAGUGAGAUAGCAAAAGAAAACCAAAAAGAUGCAAACAAAACCUUAACUAUUGCAGGAGCUUGCAUUAGCUUCAGCGGAAGGAGGAAAGCGGAAGGUGUUCAUGAUUCCUGUCAUUAGCUUUCCAAGUCAAGGCUGGUCGAGACAAGGCCUUUCAGCUCCAACUGAGGGUGAAGGAUGACCAGACUAGCUUUGCACACAACUGCAGUCUUGCCGUGCCAACUAUGUUCAGUUUGUCUUGGCGAAAGGGUCAACAAGCCACAGGAAUAGUCAGGGCUCCCUCCGCGAACACAAGCGCUGCACGGCCGACUGGGUCCCAGUGGGUUGAAUGAACGCCUGGAAGAACAGUGUUGCACAUCAGCAAUAUGGUUUUGAUGCUACGCAGUAACAUGUGAGAAACUUGAAUGGGAACUGUUGCAUACAACGAACUAGAUCUUGUAGCUGAAUGUUUUGCUGGUCUCACCCUUGGCUUCUGGCGACAUGAAAAUUGGAAUAAUCACUGAAUGUAUACAGCAGCUUAUAAUUAAACUAUUAAAUGUG